AUGGAUCAGGUAAGUAAUCUAUUUUUUACUUUCUAUUGGUCAUUUUAAAUUUAUGUUUUAUUGCGUUUCAGACUUUAAUUUUGCACAGAAAUUUUUACAAUGCCGGUCACACGCGUUCCCUCAAAUUUCGAUUACACCAAUUGGCCAAUCUAAAAGAUCUUAUCCAACGCAACGAACAAGUCUUAUGUCAAGCUGUAUAUGAAGAUCUCAAAAGGGAUCAUGGCCUUACGAAACAAUUGGAAUUGGCCCAAUGCCUGACCGAAAUUGAUUAUUUUUCGAGGAAUCUGAAACACUGGAUGGAGCCUGAGAGAGUUGAGAAGACGUUAUCUCAAGCCAUGGAUCAGCCGUUUAUUGUCAAAGAACCUUAUGGGACCGUAUUGUUGAUGACCACUUGGAAUUUCCCCAUUUUAAUGUGCUUCUUCCCAUUGAUUCCAAUCAUCGCUGCGGGGAAUACCGUAGUAAUGAAAUGCUCUGAACACUGCCCAGCCUCUGUUACUGUUGUGGAGAAAUUGAUGAGAGAGUACUUCGAUCCGGUAAGCAUCAUUUCCCCUCCAUUGCAAUGCAUAUUUUCAGGAUUACAUCUCAGUUGUGACAGGAGGUCCUGAAGUCGCAUCGGAAGUUCUAAAACACAAAUUCGACAAGAUUAUGUACACUGGGAGUCCCAAUGUAGGUAAAAUAAUCAUGGAAGCCGCCUCCAAACAUCUGACUCCAUGUGUUCUCGAACUGGGAGGGAAAUGGCAAGUAUCAUUGUAUUGUUUCAGUUGAUAACUUUUCCCUUUCAGUCCGGUCGUUGUUCUUCCAGAUACUGAUGUCUCAAUAGCAGCUCGAAGAAUUGUUUGGGCCAAAUUGGUGAACAGUGGCCAAGUCUGCAUCACGGCUGAUUAUCUUCUCGUCCAUUCGGAUAUUCUUGAUCAAUUUAUCGCGGAAUGUCAUAAAGUGAUUACCGAAUUUUAUGGAGAACAUGUUAAAAAUAGCAAGGAUUACUGUAGAAUAAUCAAUGGAUCCCAUUUUAAGUAAGGAACUUAGCACUUUCAAGAGGAGUUAAAACAAAUCUUGGUUCCAGAUUAUGAUGAUGUAAUCUUUUGGUAUUCUAGCCGUUUAAACAACCUUCUUCUUGCCAGUAAAGGCCACGUUGUCCUUCAAUAUGGCCAACCAGACCUCGAGGAUCUGUUUUUUCCUCCGACACUCGUUCAAAUUGGCCUUAAUGAUCCAUUGAUGGCCGAUGAGAUCUUCGGUCCCAUUCUUCCGAUCCUGUCAAUCCAGUCUCUUGAAGAUGGAAUCAAAUUCAUCAAUGCCCGAAACACCCCUCUGGCUGCUUAUAUCUUCUCUAAAUGCCAUAAAAGCAUUGAUAAAUUUAUCCAUCAGGUUCCCUCGGGGGGAAUUGUCGCCAAUGAUCUCCUAGUCCACUUUUUCUGUGAGUUUAUAAUACUGUUAGUUUAUUUAUAAUCCAUACCAGCAUUUGUAAUGUAAUUUUCAUGUUUUUUUAGCCGACACUCUGCCUUUCGGAGGAUGCGGGACAUCUGGUAUGGGGGUUUACAGAGGAAAGCAUGGAUUCGACGAGUUCACCCACCAAAAAGCCGUAAUCAAAAAGGGAUACUUUGGAGAGGUCUUGGCAGAGUAAGAAACACCGCUGAAUGUUUGUUAUCUUCAUUUCAGAAGUCGGUAUCCACCAUUCAGUCAGGCCAAAUACUCGAGAUUGGCCUUCCUUUUGACUCGUCGAGAUUUUCCUCCAAAAAUACUCCGAUUCAUCGGAAAUCACUGGUGUGGAAUCUUGUUUGGAAUUGCUAUUAGUGCGUUACUGCAGGCGAUCAGACAUCGGAUUCCAUUUCUGAAAUAUUAG